AUGUUCACUCAAUCUCGAAAAUCGUCUGGAGUGACUUCAUGUGAUGACCAUUUAGGUUAUGUGAGACAAUCGCACGCCGCCCUGGUCGAGAUGCUGAAUUCAGAGGUAGAGCAAAGAAAAGCGGCAGAAUCACAUUGUCAUUCCCUACUGAACGAGUUGGAAUCACGCGAGAACGAAUUGCAAGAGAUGAAAAACACAUUGCUCGAACGAGUCUCCGAAGCAGAAGAUCGCAUGUCCAAAUUGGUCCAUCUGCGGAAUGAGGAAACCGCUAAAGCGAGUCGUGCAACAGAACGAUUGCGAGAAAGUAUCAGCAAGUUGCAACAGAGAUUUGAAGAUGAGAAACGGGAGCUGAAACAAACGAAACUGUCGGAAGAACUGGUUCAAUUGAGAUCCGAAUUGAAACAAACCACUGUUCGCCUGUCCCAACUGAGUCAGGCACACACCGAGUUGUCUGCAAAUUUGAACAAAACCAAAGCAGCCUAUCAGAAAGCAUUGGCGCGAGCAGAGACAGCAGCCAAACAAUUGGGAGAUUUGCGUAAACAAAGCGAACAAGCGAAUAAUUCACAAACGGAAACAGAACGUGCUUUACGUACCGCGCAGGAGCGUCGAAUUGCUGCAGAAUCCGCAUUGAACGCUGUUCGACAACGUGCUGACGGAUUGACGAGUCGAAUCACCCAAUUGGAACGGGAGUUAGCCACGGAAAAAACAAGAUCAGAAGAAAAAAUUCAACAGUCCGAUUCAGAGAUGGGAAAACUGAGGAGACGUUUUUUGGCGGUCCAGGCUGAGGCAGCAAGAUGGAAGCGAGCGUGGCAGACAGAACGGGAGGAACGAAACGCUCAAAUUGAACAGAGUAAUCGCGUGGUCAGUUCCAUGCUUGAGGAACGUUCUCAGUUGGAGGCACUACUGAAACAAACCAAAGAACGUGAAUUCUCCAAAGCUCGCGAUAUUGAAGAACUCCAGCGUCAAGCUGCGUUGGAAGCGACGAAUGCUUCGUCUCGUCUUUUGGUCGCUCUGUCCACUAGCGAGGAAGGUGUAUCUGCCGCUUUGGAACUGAAGCGGUGCAUCGAGGAAAAAUUGCAACCGGAACUGGAGUCAACCAAAAAACGAUGUGAUAAGGCCGAGGCCGAAGCGGAGGACUGGCGACGAAAGUAUGACACAUUGAGAAACGAAAUGGAACGCUGUCAGACUGCGGUCAAAGAGUUGGAACAACGAUUGAUAGAGAAACAGGCCUCGGUGGAUAAAGAGACAAAUGAGCUGCGGCAAAAGCUUGCCUCCGCAGAGGAGGACGCUCGACUGAAAGCGGUCUUACUGUCGAAUGCGGAGAAACAAGCUUCACGAAUGUUAUGA